AUGGUCAAAGCAACCGGGCUGUUCGCCCUCCUCGUCGGCAUCUCUGCAUACCAUGUAGAGGCCCGAAGCUCCCCCCGUGGUAAAGCCAAGUAUACCUUGGAUGAUAUUCAUCCACUGACAGACCCGAGCACCGGCCUUGUUAAGUGUUGCCCCGAGGGAACCGAAUUCGACGGCAAGGCUUGUGUCCUUGGUGUCCCUACCUGUCCUGAGGACUUUAUUCGCAAGGACAACAAAUGUGUCUCAAAGUUCAAGCCGAUCUGCCCCAAUGGAAGCGAAUAUGACGGCAACCUUUGUGUCUCUGAUGGUCUCCCAACUUGCCCGCCCCCUACCACGCUGAAGGGUACAUCGUGUGUAGCCGGAGCACCAACCUGCCCUUCGGGCCUUGAGUACAACGGCAAAGUAUGUCUAUCGAAGCAAUUGCCGGCAUGCCCUACAAACUACACCUUCAAUGGCAAGACCUGUGUCAGUGUCAAGAAGCCCCAAUGUCCCGAGGGCUUGAAGCUUGGCGAUGGGAAGUGUAUCAGUGUCGGCUCCCCGGUCUGCCCCGCUGGCACAGAGUAUAAUGAGAAACUUGGAGUCUGCGCUUCGGUUGUUACUCCUGUGUGCGAAGAAGGGAGCCAGGUCAAGAACGGCGAGUGCGUAUCUGAUACUCCACCAUCAUGUCCCGAGGGCAGCACCUUCAACCCUAGCACGGUAAAGUGUACCUCGACCGACAAGCCUAGCUGCCCUCCGGGAUCCGAACUGGACCUACACUCUCAAAACUGUGUACUGAACGAGGCGGCCGAAUGUCCUCCCGGUAACCUCCUCUCCACUGAUCUUGCUUCCGGUGUUGCCCGCUGCUGUCCUAAUGGUAUGGCUUGGAAUGGUGACGUCUGUCUCUUUGAAACAGAUACGAGUGGCAAAUGCCCCCCAGGCCUCACCCAGGUGGGCAAGUACUGCCAAAAGCAGGCUACCAAGAUUCCCCAAUGUCCUCCUGGCGCGAAGCUGGAUGGCAGCCGCUGUAUUCUAACUGAACUCCCCGAAUGCCCUCCUGGUCACAUCCUGGAAGGAUCCACUUGCUCUAUGAUGGAGAAGCCUGAAUGUCCUCCUGGUUUAACACUGUCUGGGGAGAACUGCAUUUCUACCGUUGAGAUUAACUGUCCGCCCGGAACCAGGUUCGAGAAGGGUGUUUGCACUAGCGUCUCUCAACCCUCUUGUGAGGAUGGAUUCGUUUUUGACGGAACUAGCUGCGUCUCUACCACUCACACCCCCGUUUGUGCGGAGGAGGGCCACACCUUGGACGGCGAGGAAUGUCUUAUUCCGCAGAUCCCCACCUGCCCUGAAGAUACCACAUUCGAUGGUACCCGUUGUGUUUCCACCAGUACUCCUUCCUGCCCACCCGGCUCCGUCCACAAUGGCAAGGGCGACUGUCUUACAAGCUCCGUGCCUCAAUGCCCUCCUGGGUCUACUUUGCUUGAAGGUGGCUGCGUAGUUGGCGUUCCUACCUGCCCCAAGGGAACAGUCUGGGACUCGAAGCAGUGCAUCAGCCCCAAGGAUCCCGAAUGCCCACCAGACCACAAGUGGAGCAACGGAAAAUGUCUCAACCUUGCGACCGUGGAAUGUGAACCCGGCUACGCCUUGGUAAACGGCGAAUGUGUCUCCGACAGUAAGCCAGAGUGUGGCCCAGGAACCACUUUCAACGGUCAGGAAUGUGUUGGUGAAGUACCCAAAUGUCCUGAAGGGCUUAUCUUUGACGGAGAGGAGUGUGCCCAUCCCGAGGAACCUGCUUGCCCCAUUGGAAUGAAGUUCAACGGCAAGAAGUGUGUAGCGGAGAAGCCGCCAGCGUGCCAACCUGGCACCAUCUUCGACAAGAAGACGAAGGAGUGUGUGGCUGUUGAGCCACCUCAGUGCCCCCCUGGUCAGGUCUUCAAUGGCAAGAACUGUGCCCUGGCAUCUGGUGACUGUAUGAGCUUCGAGUACUGUCCCGUUAUGGGCGGUCUUUCCUCGGGCGGUCUUGCUACAGGUGGCCCUUCCACCGGCGAUUCAGAAUGCCCGGAAGGUACUGUGUAUGAUAAGUAUACCGGCAUGUGUGCAGAUUGGUGA